AUGACAGACUAUAGCAAAUUCAAGACUCUGACGUUCGAGCUAGUUGGCUCUGUAGCCAUCGUGACUCUUAAUAGACCAAAUGAAGGAAAUGCUAUGGACGCUUACCUUGGUGGUGCUUUGAGAGAUGUCUUCCCAAUGUUGGAUGCUGAUGACAGAGUCAAGUGCGUCAUCAUCGCUGCCAACGGAAAGCAUUUCUGCACCGGUGCUGAUUUCCGACAAGGAGAUUUCACCAAUGAAAAGACUCGUGGUCAAGGAUCAUCUUCCAAAGAUGCCCGAGAUGGUGGUGGGCAAAUCGCAACCAUCAUCCACACCAGGUGUCGAAAGCCCAUUAUAGCUGCUAUUCAGGGUUCAGCUGUUGGUGUUGGAAUAACUAUGACCUUACCCAUGGAUAUACGAAUUGCAUGCAAAGACGCUAAGAUAGGAUUUGUCUUUGUCAGACGCGGCAUAGUAAUGGAAGCAAACUCCUCAUACUUCCUCCCCCGUCUCAUCGGCCACUCCCGCGCGCUCUCUGUAGUCCUCACCGGUCGUGUCCUCCCUGCUUCACACCCAUGGUUGGAAGACCUCUUCUCAGACAUUGUAGACAAGCCUGAAGACGUGCUACCACGAGCCUUGGAACUGGCUCAAGAAAUCGCAAAAGAGAACUCUAUGGUGUCGAUCGCGUUGACGAAAGGAUUAACGUGGAGAGGUGCUUCGACACCUGAGGGACAACAUUUGCUUGAUUCCAGAGUGUUGUACCAUACUGGACGAGGUGUUGAUAGUUUGGAGGGGACGAGAUCGUUUAUGGAGAAACGACCAGUUGACUUCAAGGGAAGCGUCCAACGCGACCUGCCAUCGUUCUACCCUUGGUGGACAACGCCGGAUGUUAGUGUACGACCAUCUAGACUGUAA